AUGUUUGGUAACUUUGCCCACUUGAUUCCCCUGGCCACUGCGCCUCAAGGGCCACCCAAGGACGUUCCUCCGCCCACGCCCGUCAACUUUCCGCGCUACUACCCCCAAGUUCAGGAUGACCAACAAGUGGCCCCGGGAGCCGAAGGCGAAUCCCCAAAGUCGGUCGUUGCCUUGCUGCAGGGCAUAGUCCGCCCAGCCCAGCUGGCCAUUGCCCAUUUUGAAGCUCUCGGAGUCCAUGUAGUGCCAAACGCUACGGCAGCUGACCUCAUCCCUGAUCCGGCUUAUAUCCCGGAUUUCGCUGCUUGGGAUGAACUGUCAUCCGAUGCGGCCCACGAGGCGAACGAGAGCACCAGGGUCCAACUGGUCUCGGGGAAUCGCUCUCCAGGCUGCAACACUUAUCUGGAGCGUAAGCGUGAGCUGUUGUUUCCUAAUGAGACCGGCUACCGGACUGUUCGCCGCAUCCAUCCUCCAAAGGGACAGAACCAUGCCCGGCUAGGAAACUGCUACGAGUUCUUCCGUCAGCUUGACAUGCUCUCCAAUUACUGGGAUGACACCUCGGUGGCCGAGCAAUCAGCUCCUGAAGGCGAAGAAGACGAAGAAGAUAAGGACGCUCUGGCCGCCAAGCCUCGACGUACCGGCGCCGGCAAUCAGAUGCCACCCGACUUUCGCCAGCAGAUGGUGCAAACCUUCUUGAAGCUUGUUGCAUACGACUUUGGGUGCAACACUGCGCCGGCUCGUGCUGAGCCGAGGCUGCACAUCACCUCGCGCAAUCCUGGAGCUGCCCGUAGCUCCUACUUCUCCUCCGGCUGCACUUUCAUGUACAAGACCCCGACCACCAGGGAAGAAGCCCGCGCCGGUAUUGUCGAAGGUCCUGUGGCGGCCGUGAGUGCUAGACACUCCAUCGGCUUCCCGCCCCCACCCGAGGACCCGAACGAGUCUUCUGCCGAUCCGGACGCCGUAUUCGAUUUGGGCCGCGAGUUGGUUGCCGCGCUGGUAACGGCUCAGCACCGCGCCCGCGAGGGUCGCACUGAGAAGCGCAUUGGCGAAGGUGCGUGGUGGUGCACCAAGCCUCGAUGGGGUGGUGGCCCCGGUGGGCCCAUUGGCCGUGAGAUUGAACAGCAGACCAGUGGCGACGAUACACUCGUUGGAGACAAGGACGCCCCCCCUCCGGCUGCUGAUGCUGCUGUCGCUGCUCAGGCUGCUCCUGCCGAAAAACCCGCAAAGGUAUCCAUCUCUUCCCGACUUGCCUCCCGCGCUUCUCCGUUUGGCCCCUUGCCCAGCACACGUCUCCCAGAAAGAGAGAAGGAGUCCAGCUCGGGACCGGCCAAGGGCGUCAAGCGCCUGAAGAAGUCGGGCAACAUGGCCAUGUACGAUAACUAUCGCAUGGUUCGCCCUCCGGCUCUGACUUGGGACAAGAAGGCCAAGUACGCCGCCAUUGGAAGAGCUGCAGGCGCAGACUAUGAUGAUGUCUUUGUGGUCAGCUGCCUGUAUCACCACAUCAGCAUUGUAAGAGUGCGGGUGCCGGAUCAGCUAAUGGCUGUUCUGGAGGGUCGCGCCGAGCACGAGUUUGAGAACGGGAAGCGAAGCUGGGGCAAGCUGGAGGUGAGGAGAAGCAAGUGGUUUGAUUUCUUCAAGCCCGAGGACAGAGUGGAGGCCAUGAAGCUCGUCUGGUGCAUGAUGAAUUGGCUGAUGAGGGCCGUGCCCAAGAACGAGGAUGAGAAAGACGAGGUGGCUCAGAGCCAAGCGGAAAAGAAGGACACGAAGAGUGAAAACGAAGCAAAUGCUGCUGGGGCGAGCCAGGAGGCUGUCAAGCAAGGCAAGGACGAGUCCAAGCCAGAGGCGAAGGAGGAGGCCAAUCAGGAGAGCGUCGACGUGAAAAUGGAAAAUGCAUAG